AUGUGGGCCCAUGGCCAUAAGUGUACCAUGAUAGACGAGUGGGACGGAGGGUGGUGUGUACCUGUUCCAAACGGAUGGGCCGGUGUGUGCGAUGGAGACGAGUGGGCCGGACGAAUGCAGUGCAAUGUAAAUGAGUGGGCCAGGGAGAUGGGUGUGAUGGAGACGAGUGGGCCAAGAGUACAGGGUACAAUGGAGACGGGUGGGCCGAGGGUACAGGGUACAAUGGAGACAGAGUUGGAGGGGCAUGAAAUGGAUAAUACGGAUGAGCCGGAUGGGGAUGAAAUGGAUGAUACAGAUGAGACGGUAGUACAUGAAAUGGAUGAUACAGAUGAGACGGCAGUACAUGAAAUGGGUGAUACAGAUGAGCCGGUGGUGAAUGAAAUGGAUGAUACAGAUGAGCUGGUAGUGUUAAAUGGACGAGCCGGAUUGGGAUGA